UAUGCAUUUAUUAUAUAUGAAUUUUGAUAAUAUAGAUGGAAAAUAAGCUAGAAAAACAGGAAAUUCAAGUCCUUUAGGAUUACUUUUUGAUCAUGGCGUUGAUAGCAUAAUAGUAAUUCUUUAAGGAAUUUCUUUAGCAACUGCAUUAUAAUAUGGAAGUAAUUAUAUUAGUCUUUUGAUUGCAGUAUUGGGUUCAUUUACAUUUUUUAGCACUACUUUAGAAGAAGUAUUUUUUUAAUAUUAUUAUUUAAAUUAUAUAUAUAUAUUUUUUAAGUAUUAUACACAUAUUAUGUAUCUUCCAAUAAUUAAUGGAGCUGCUGAAGGAUGCUUUGGAAUUAGUUUAAUUUUUUUUUUUUCUGCUUUAGUAGAUAGUAGUUGGUGGGAUUAAUAAAUUUUUGAUUUAGAAUAUAGAUGUAUUUUGUUAAUUCUUUUUGGUUUGGCUGGAUUAUUUAAUUUUAUUGGAAUAGCUAUUAGAAUUUUUUAGAAAGAAGGUAUAUAUACUUUGGGAAAAGCACUAUAUAAUAUGAAUUUUUAUUUUUUUAUUAAUUUAACUAUUUUCUUUGUAUUCUUUUUUAGUCCUUCUUAAGUUUAUGAAAGAUAAUGUCUAUUACUUAUUUAUAUUUAUGGAUUAAGUUUUUGUAAAUUAGUUGUAAAGAAUACAUUUAUAUAUAUCCAUGUUGCAAAUGUAGAAUUUCAAUAAUUUAGAAAAUCUAAUUUCCUUAUUUUAUUUGCAAUUUUUUCAAAUACUUUUUUUGGGUAUAUUAAUGGAUAAGCUUUAGUUAAUGAAGACAUUGUUAUUUAGAUUUCUUUUAUUUUAACUUUAUUAAGUAAAAUUUAUAUAUAUAUAUAUAUAUAUUAUAUUUAUAUUUAUAUAUAUUUUGACUUUUUAAUUUAAUGUAGCUUAUUCACAUCUUAUAUAUAAUUUGGCAAUAUAAUUUUGUACUGUAUUAGGUAUUAGUAUUUUUAAAGUUAAAUGUAAUUUUUUUAAUUAAUAAUUUAUUGCAUAUACAUAUAAAUAGAACACUAAUAAUAAAUUGAUGAAAAUAUAUGA